AUGUUCUACAUCAUCGGUCUGGGCCUAUGCGAUGAGAAAGAUAUCACUAUCAGAGGGCUUGAGGCGGUCAAAGGAUCGUCUCGAGUCUACCUCGAGGCGUACACGAGCAUCCUCAUGAUCCAAAAGGAGCGAUUGGAAGCGUUCUAUGGGAAGGAACUGAUCAUCGCAGAUCGGGACAUGGUCGAGACCGAGAGCGACGAGAUCCUCCGCGACGCGGACAAGGAGGACGUCUCGCUGCUAGUAGUCGGAGACCCUUACGGGGCGACGACGCACACAGAUAUCGUCCUCCGCGCGCGCGCACUCGGGGUGUCGACGCGUAUCAUCCACAACGCGUCCAUCAUGAAUGCCGUAGGCGCCUGCGGGCUGCAGCUGUACAACUUCGGGCAGACGGUGUCGCUCGUGUUCUUCACCGAAACGUGGAAGCCGGACAGCUUCUACGACCGUGUGCAGGAUAAUGCGGCGCUUGGGAUGCACACGCUCGUUCUGCUCGACAUCAAAGUCAAGGAGCAGAGCGAAGAAAAUCUCGCUCGCGGUCGCAAGAUAUACGAGCCACCGCGGUAUAUGUCCAUUACGCAAGCGGUGUCGCAACUAGCCGAAGUGGAGGCGUCGCGCGGCGCGGGGGUCUUGACACCUGACCGCACGCUCGCCAUCGCCCUGUCGCGCGUCGGCGGCGGGUCCGAGGAGCGCAUCGUCGCGGGCUCGCUCGCCGAGCUCGCCGCGCAGCCGCCCGAAACAUUUGGGCAACCUCUACACAGCCUCGUUAUCGUCGGUCGGCGGUUGCACCACCUCGAGGUCGAGUACGCGGAGGGCUUCGCUGUCAACAAGGCGACCUGGAGAGAUGUGGCGUCCAAGGUGUACGGAUGUGCGUUGGACGGUUGA